AUGAUUGAGAUAUCAGCUAACGAUAGGCUCGGGAAAAAGAUCAAGGUCAAGUGCCUUCCAGAAGAUACUAUCGGAGACCUUAAGAAGUUGAUUGCCCUUCAGUCGGGCGGAUCUCACGAAAAAAUCGUCUUGAAAAAAGGGUACCAGGUGUUUAAAGACCACAUAACCUUAGAUGACUACGAGAUUCACAACGGGUUUAACUUCGAAUUGUACUACAAUUGA